CUCUUCUUCUGCUCUGUUCUCUCUCUCUCUCUCUCUCUGAGCCUUCACCACCAUGUCCUUCGAAUCCCGAUCUCUUUCCUUCUACUUUCUCUUUCUAUGUCUCUUCCUUUCUUCGGCCUUCGCUUCCGAGUCAGAUCACAAGUAUCAACGAGAUGAUCCAGUUACCCUUUGGGUGAACAAAGUUGGUCCUUAUAACAAUCCUCAAGAAACAUACAACUAUUACAGCCUCCCAUUUUGUCAUCCAUCUGGUAGUGCUAGUGCUGCACACAAAUGGGGUGGUCUUGGUGAGGUCUUGGGGGGCAAUGAACUCAUUGAUAGCCAAAUUGAGAUAAAGUUUCUAAGAAAUGUGGAUAAGACUGUCUUUUGCCAGAUAGCUCUCGAUGAUGCAAAGGUUAAACAGUUCAAGGAUGCUAUAGAAAAUAAUUACUGGUUUGAAUUCUUCAUGGAUGAUCUACCUUUGUGGGGGUAUGUUGGUGAGCUACAUCCUGAUAAGAACAGUGAUAAUGGCAAGCAUGUCCUUUACACGCACAAGAACAUUAUUGUUAAAUAUAAUAAAGAUCAGAUUAUUCAUGUUAAUCUCACUCAGGAUUUCCCAAAGACUUUGGAAGCAGGAAAACAUUUGGACAUGACAUACACUGUCAAAUGGAUUUCUACUAAUGUCACUUUCGGACGCCGCUUUGAUGUCUACUUGGACUAUCCUUUCUUUGAGCAUCAGAUUCAUUGGUUCUCCAUUUUUAACUCUUUCAUGAUGGUCAUCUUCCUUACUGGAUUGGUGUCGAUGAUAUUGAUGCGAACUCUGAGAAAUGACUAUGCAAAAUAUGCUCGGGAAGAUGAUGACUUAGAAACUCUGGAGAGAGAUGUUAGUGAAGAAUCUGGCUGGAAACUUGUGCAUGGUGAUGUUUUCCGGCCUCCUCGCUAUUUAGUUCUUCUUUCAGCUGUUGUUGGCACAGGUGCUCAGCUAGCAUUGCUGGUUCUUCUUGUCAUCUUGUUGGCUAUUGUUGGGAUGUUGUAUGUCGGGCGAGGAGCAAUUGUCACAACCUUCAUUGUUUGUUAUGCUCUCACAUCAUUCAUUUCUGGUUAUGUGAGUGGGGGAAUGUACUCACGAAAUGGGGGUAAAGGCUGGAUUAAAUCCAUGAUCCUUACAGCUUCUCUGUUCCCAUUCAUGUGCUUUGGAAUUGGAUUUAUCUUAAACACAAUUGCUAUAUUCUAUGGGUCUCUAGCAGCAAUCCCAUUUGGCACAAUGGUGGUUGUUUUUGUCAUUUGGGCUUUCAUCUCUUUUCCUUUAGCACUUCUUGGCACAGUUGUUGGAAGAAACUGGAGUGGUGCUCCAAAUAAUCCCUGUCGUGUAAAGACUAUUCCUCGACCCAUUCCCGAGAAGAAGUGGUACCUCACACCCUCUGUGGUUUCUCUGAUGGGAGGACUGCUACCUUUUGGCAGCAUAUUCAUUGAAAUGUAUUUUGUGUUUACUUCCUUUUGGAAUUACAAGGUGUACUAUGUGUAUGGCUUUAUGCUACUGGUUUUUCUGAUUCUCAUCAUUGUUACUGUUUGUGUGACAAUUGUGGGGACGUACUUUUUGUUAAAUGCUGAGAACUACCACUGGCAAUGGACUUCUUUCUUUUCAGCUGCAUCAACAGCUGUUUAUGUGUAUUUGUACUCAAUAUACUACUAUUAUGUGAAGACGAAAAUGUCAGGCUUCUUCCAAACCAGCUUCUAUUUUGGAUACACUUUGAUGUUUUCUCUUGGACUAGGAAUUCUAUGUGGAGCUGUGGGUUUUCUUGGUUCAAAUUUGUUUGUGAGGAGGAUCUACAGAAACAUCAAGUGCGAUUAAGGUUUUCUGAGUCAGACCUGAGCACUUCCAUAGGUUUGUUGCUGGAGACAUUAAAUUAUUGGAGGAAGCCUCUGGUCAUGUGUGGGGAACCUAACAAUGUUUACAGGUAGUAUCACAGGGUUCUGGAAAUGAGGAUGUAUUCUUUUUCUAUAUUGGGGAAGCCCUGAGAUUUUUUUCCCUGGCUGUAAUUGAUUGUCUUUAUAAUUUUAGAUAGUUAGUACAAUAUCCGACUCUCGUGGUUAUUGUUUCAUCCCUUUAAAAAUAGGGGCCCAUUGAAGGACUGAUGUCUAAUUCCCCAACAUGGUUUCAACUAUUCAAUGUAUGUAAGAGGGGAUGAAGUCUCGGAAAUCGAAUUUUGUGCGUCUGAAUUUUGUAUGGAGAUCUGAAUAUCAUUCUUAAUCUGCUUCCUUCACACCCAUUCAUGUUUAAACUUUUAUUAUUACUUGCAUUUGUCUAUGGGUGGGUAUAUAUAUAUUUUCAAUGUCAUAAUGGAAGACAGUCAUUCUGGAUGGAACCCGAGACCCCGACCACUGUUAAUCUUAUAUGCUGCUCCUUCAAGCU